GGGUAUCAAGGUAUUGAUGCGAACGAAAUGCCAGACUCAAAACACGAACCAUCAAUGUAUACUCCAGAUGCCAUGAACGUGCAACAGAUGCAACAAGCAGAAGAAGAGAGUGAUGUUGGAGGUGCUGCUGGGGGAGAAGAGUCCAUAGACAACUCUCUUGCUCAAUACCAAGGUGGGGGCACUGUUUGUGGGGUUAAUGGUGGAGUGGAACAUGUUGUUCAUAACAAUGUGUAUGCCCAAGGGUCUGAUUUCUCCGCUUUGCCCCGCAAUGGAAGUGCUGACCAACUCACUCUCUCGUUUCAGGGGGAGGUUUAUGUGUUUGAUGCCGUUUCUCCUGAGAAGGUUCAAGCAGUGUUGUUAAUUUUAGGAGGAUAUGAAAUCCCUUUAGGCAUUCCUAAUUUGGGGUCUAACCCUUUUAAUCCGAGGGGUACGGGUGAAUAUAUUGGGAGGUCAAUUCCACCACAAAGAGCUGCUUCUUUAAGUCGGUUCAGGGAGAAGAGAAAAGAACGGUGCUUUGAUAAAAAAAUCCGUUAUUCUGUGAGAAAAGAAGUAGCUUUGAGGAUGCAACGUCAGAAGGGUCAGUUCACAUCAUCCAGAGUUACUUCUGAUAAACCAGGCUCAGCUUCUUCAGAUUAUAAUGCAACACAGGGUUCUGGACAAGAUGAUACGCAGGAAACCUCAUAUCAUAUGAUUUGCAUUGGUCUGACACCUCACGUCAAGAUGCUAUUUUCAAGUUUGUAAUCAACAUACUGUUUCACUUCAAGAUUCUUUCUGCUAACUCAAAAAUAUUAUUAGUCUUAUGGUCUUCCUCGUUUUGUUAUCCAUUCCAUUAAUUUUCGGUCGCAGAUGUACACACUGUGGAAUCAGUUCCAAGUCAACUCCUAUGAUGCGCAGAGGACCUGCUGGUCCAAGGACCCUGUGUAAUGCAUGUGGACUCACGUGGGCAAACAAGGUUCGUGCAACACGAUCAGGGAAGCUUAGCACAUAUUUCUAUAAUCCUCAAUUAAAAUUUAGUGGGCGAACAAGGUUCACACAACAAAAUCAGGAAAGCUUAACACAAACAUGACUACUGGUUUAUUUUGAACUUGUAGUUAAAUUGGUCAGUCUCUGGAGGGGUCUUGAGAUAAUUUGAUUAUCAUAUUCUCUCUUUGUCUUCCCAUCAUUCCUGUUAAAUUCCCUGAAUAAACUAGGGAAGUGAUGAUUAAAUUAUGUUUUGCAGGGUAUUUUGAGAAACCUUUCAAAAGCUCCAGGCAUGGAAAUUCAGGAUCCCUCUGCUAAGUCUACCAAUCAAAAUGACAGUGAAGCUAAUUACUCAGAUGCAGUAACAAUGACCACGGAUGUUGUAUCUUCUAAAGGAGAUAACCAUUCCCUCCCUGCUAAAGCUGAGUGAUGACCAACUAGCUGCCUCCCUAGUCCCUACAGUUGCUGCCACAUCAAUUUACCUCAAAGCAGAUGCUGGAAAACAACGGUAUAUAUGUGCCUUUGCAUUUGGCCAAUCGAAAUAGCAAAAUACUGCUAGUGUCUGUAAUUUACAUGGGACAGAAGACCAUCAUGGCUCUUUCGAAACUAUAUCCUCCCAUGUAGGAAAAAAGGAAGACAGAAUUUGCAGGAAGUAUAUGAAAUUAAGAAUGAGCAAUCUUCCUUCUACCUCUUUUCUUUUCUUUUUUUUUUUUUUUUUUUUGUGUAAUUUACAUGGGACAGAAGACCAUCAUGGCUCUUUCGAAACUAUAUCCUCCCAUGUAGGAAAAAAGGAAGACAGAAUUUGCAGGAAAUCACAAGUCUUGUUAAAAGGAUCCUUUUUCGCCUGUCAACAAAGCUUAUUCUCUUAUGCUACGAGAAGAAAGGACCUAUCAACUUGGAGGAUGAUUGGAGUGGCGAAGCGUGAGGGAGAGUUGUAUCUAUUUCGGUCAACCUCUUUUGCUCUUAAUGUUUAACUUCCUUCUACUUUUGACAUUUGGCAUUGGUGUCUUGGACAUUUGUCUCGCCUUAGAUUAAAUGUUCUUUCCCAAUUCAAUAAAGAAAUUGUUAGUAA